CGUCAAGUGAGACUGCGCAAGUGUGAAUGAAGUGGCAGUUUCGGCAUUUUGUGAGGAUUCGUCUGCCGAGUAGAAUUAUUAAUUGCUGUGAGACCAUCAGAUAUUAAAGAUGCGUGUUAUAAUAUUUUCGCUAGCGAUAGCCCUCUUGGGUACCGCGCUCGGUGACGAAAUUCCUUCUGAAGACAAUGUUCUAGUAUUAUCAAAAGCCAAUUUCGACAAUGUUAUUGCUUCGAAUGACUUCGUCUUAGUAGAAUUCUAUGCACCAUGGUGCGGACACUGCAAAUCGCUCGCGCCGGAGUAUGCAAAGGCAGCUACAAAAUUAUUGGAAGAAGAAUCUCCUAUCAAGCUGGCUAAGGUCGAUGCUACCCAGGAGCAGGAUCUGGCCGAAUUCCACAAAGUCAAGGGAUACCCUACUCUAAUUUUCUUCAAGAAAGGAAACCCACUCGAAUAUUCCGGUGGACGCCAAGCUGAUGACAUUGUGGCAUGGUUGAAGAAGAAGACUGGUCCACCAGCUGUUGAAGUUGCUUCUGCAGAACAGGCUAAAGAACUGAUUGCAGCUAACAAUGUUGUUAUAUUUGGUUUCUUCCCCGACCAAGGAACUGACAAAGCCGUCACUUUCUUAAACACAGCUGGCCUAGUUGAUGACCAAAUCUUUGCCAUUGUCACCGAUGAGAAGGUCAUUGAGGAACUUGAAGCUCAAGCUGAAGAUGUUGUUCUCUACAAAAACUUCGAAGACCCAAGUGUCAAAUUCGCCGGUGAAGAGUUCACAGAAGAUGCCCUGAAAUCAUGGGCGUUCGUUCAGAGUAUGCCAACCAUUGUUGAGUUCUCCCAUGAGACUGCCUCCAAGAUCUUUGGUGGUCAGAUCAAGUACCACCUUCUGUUGUUCCUGUCCAAGGGCAGCGGUCACUUCGAGAAGUACCUGAACUCCCUGAAACCGGUCGCCAAGAACUACCGCGACAGGAUCAUGACCGUUGCCAUCGACACUGAUGAGGAUGACCACCAGAGGAUUCUGGAGUUCUUCGGCAUGAAGAAAGAUGAGGUGCCAUCGGCUCGUCUGAUCGCCCUGGAACAAGACAUGGCCAAGUACAAACCUGCCACCGACGAGCUCAGCGCUAACGCCGUAGAGGAGUUCGUGCAAUCGUUCUUCGCGGGAACCCUGAAGCAGCACCUCCUGAGCGAGGAGCUGCCCGCCGACUGGGCCGCCAAGCCCGUCAAGGUACUCGUCGCGUCCAACUUCGACGAGGUCGUGUUCAACCCCGAAAAGAAGGUCCUCGUCGAGUUCUACGCUCCAUGGUGCGGCCACUGCAAGCAGCUGGUGCCGAUCUACGACAAGCUGGGCGAGCACUUCGAGAAGGACGCCGACGUUGUCAUCGCUAAGAUCGACGCGACCGCCAACGAACUCGAGCACACCAAGAUCACUUCCUUCCCCACCAUCAAGCUCUACGGCAAGGACAACCAGGUGCGCGAAUACAACGGCGAGAGGACGUUAGCCGGCCUCACCAAGUUCGUGGAGACCGACGGAGAAGGCGCUUCGCCCGUUCCAUCGGUGAGCGAAGAGGACGAGGAGGACGAGGCGGCGCCCCGCGACGAGUUAUAAGCGGCGGCCACACCGGGCGAGCGCUGCGUAGUUAUAUUUAAAUAUACUUAUUAAAGGCCCCGACGCGCUGCACAAAAUACUUUCUUGGGCCUUCCUCGUCCCUCGUAGGAGGUGCCGAGGAACACCGUCUCCAGUGCGAAGGGACCGUUACACUAAUCUGCAUUUCCUCUGCUCGACUGUUAAUGUUUAUAUUAGGGUUGUAAUGAAUAUGUGUCAUUCGUUUUAUGUGAUCACCGAGUAACAUUACUAAGUAUAAGAAGGAAUUUUAUCUAUCUUCGCAACACUCACCAUAGUUUCCCAUGUGUUUCUAACUUGUCUGUAUGAUUAAAUUAUGAUAUUUCCAUGACAAUA